UGGCGAGAAUUGAAAGACGCUUCCAGAGAGAUCAUCUCCGUUAAACCCUAGAGAUUGGAAUACAGAUAUACACCAAAUGGCUUUCUUAAGUAAAGUUGGAAGGAUAUUUAGUCAGACCAGCAGCCAUGUCACUGCCUCUAGCUCAAUGCUACAGAGCAUCCGCUGCAUGUCUUCAUCAAAAAUCUUUGUUGGAGGUAUCUCCUACAGCACUGAUGAGUUUGGCUUAAGAGAAGCUUUUAGCAAAUAUGGAGAAGUUGUUGAUGCAAAGAUUAUUGUGGACCGUGAAACAGGCAGAUCUAGGGGCUUUGCUUUCGUAACAUUUACUUCCACUGAGGAGGCUAGUAAUGCCAUGCAAUUGGAUGGACAGGACCUUCAUGGUCGAAGAAUUAGGGUGAAUUAUGCAACUGAAAGAGGAAGUGGAUUUGGAGGAAGGGGAUUCGGGGGUCCUGGUGGUGGUUACGGUGCUUCAGACGGUGGUUAUGGUGCUCCAGCUGGUGGUUAUGGAGGCGGUUAUGGAGGCAACUCUUCGUAUGGUGGAAAUGCUGGGGGUGGUGGUGGUUAUGGCGGUAACUCUUCGUAUGGUGGAAAUGCUGGGGGUGGUGGUGGUUAUGGAGGUAACCCUCCUUAUAGUGGCAAUGCUGUUGGUGGUGGUGGUGGUUAUGGAAGCAAUCUUGGCAGUGGUGGCGGAUAUGGUGUUGUGGGUGGUGUUGGUGGAAGUGACAACUUUGCCCAAGGCAGUUCCUCAAAUGCUGGCUUUGAUAACAAGUUUGGCAGCAACCAACCAUUAGGCAAUGAUACGGAUCAUCAGCUUGAUAGCGGUUUCGGCGGUGAUGAACAAUUUGGUGGCAGUGACAAUCAAUUUGGUGAUGCAGAGAACGGUAAAACAGAGAAUGGUCCAGAUGGGUUUGAUCAGACUGACGAUGGCGAUGUUGCCAAGAGAGCCUAGUCUCCACGAUCUUGCGCAGUGUACGUUUGCGUCUUGGAACUUUUGUUUUGUGGUUUCAGUCUAAACUUAUGGAAGUUUCUUAAUCUCUAUUUAACGUUCGAGGUUGUUUAUCAUGUAGAGACCUCUUUAGUUGGUCGGUUUUCUUUAUGUUUUCUAACAUUUGAGGCCAAUAAAUAAAAACUGUAAUAACUU